GACCUCGCAGGGUCGGCCGGGGACCAUGUCUGCGCCGCCGCCGCUGCAGAUCCGGGAAGCGAACGCGCACUUGGCGGCCUUGCACCGGCGCGCGGCGGAGCUGGAGACGCGGCUGCUGGCGGCGGAGCGCACGGUGCACGCGCAGGCCGAGCGCCUGGCCUGCCAGGACCAGCAGCUGCGCGCCGCCCUAGACGAGCUGGGCCGCGCCAAGGACCGGGAGAUUUCUGCCCUCCAAGAGCAGCUGCUGAGCUCUGAGGCCGCUGUCCGCAGCCUUCAGGCCACAGUGGACCAGAGGGACCAGACGAUCCAGCAGCUCCAACCCCGGGCUGACCUGCUGCAGGAUAUCGCUCGCUGGCGGCCACCCCUGGCCUCGCUGCUGGCCACCCUGGAGGAAGCCGAGGGACUGGGUCCCUUACCGGCCAGUGAACCAGGCCAGCUGCUUCCUGAUGGUCCUGGCCCACCCCUGGGCAACAGCACUGGGGGGGAGGAAGAGGAAGAGGGGGGCCAGGAUGAGCCACAGCCUGCCAUGUUUGGGACCACGGUAUGAACUGCCCUGUCCUGAAGAAUCUCAGAAUGUGUGGCCAAGGCCCCCGGGAAGUCACCAGUGUCCUGCCUGGAGGGGACUUGGGACAUUACUGGGAUCACAUCUAAACAUCACAACAAAUGAAAGGCCAAGAUCUCGCUUAAAGCAACUUUCCCCCAGUGCUCGAGUAUCUGCUGCAUUCAGUUGAUUUUAAAUAGUUUCAGAAACAAAUGAAGGCUGGAGCAGGAGCUCAGCUGGUAGAGCACUUACCUAGUGUGCACAAAGCCCGAAGCCAGGUGUGGUGGCCAAGGACACCAGUCAUCUCACGGGACUAGUGACAU